AUGGAAAGUGUGGGGAACCUGUCCCUCGCUCGCUGUCCCUCCAUCCCUGCAGGUGAUGAGAAGCUCUUGAAGGAUCUAAGUGUCCGGCACAGAGCCAUGUUUUCCCAGACAGACAGCCGAGGUUGGACCCCUCUGCACGAAGCAGCAGCUCAGAGCAACCAAAACAUCCUGGAGCUCACACUCAACGUUUCAGGCUCAGACUCUGUGCAGAGUCGGACUCUUCGUGGUCAGACUCCUCUCCUUCUGGCAGUAGAAGGAGGUCUGAUAGAAAACGCCUCCUUCCUCCUCCAACACGGAGCCCAGCCGGACAGCCAGGACCACGACCAGGACUCCCCGCUGCUUCUGGCGAUCCGUUCAGACCGCGCGGACCUGAUGGAGCUGCUGCUCCUGCACGGCGCCGGGGUGAACCAGGAGGGCUGCCAUGGCCGCCGUCCCCUCCACGAGGCCUCUCGGCAGGGUAAAACCGCGCUGGUGGAUCUCCUGCUGGAGGCCGGGGCGCAGCUAGACCCCCCCAGCCACUACGGUCUCACACCGCUGGCCCUCGCUGCUCAGGCGGGACACCUGGAGGUGGUGGAGACUCUCCUGAGGAGAGGGGCCAACGUCCUGGCCCAGGCGCAGGAUGAGGCGUCCAUCUUGUACGAGGCAUGUUCAUCUGGAGAUCCAGCCGUCGUCAGUCUGUUGCUGGAAUACGGCGCCGACGCCGACGUGGCCAAACAGACGGGACACAUGCCAAUCCACCGCGUUGCACACCGAGGACACCUGCAAGCUCUAAAGCUGCUGAUUCCAGUCACUUCGAGAGGAGAGGUCAACGACAGCGGGAUGAGUCCUCUACACUCAGCUGCUGCAGGAGGACACCCACUCUGCAUCAAGGCCUUACUGGACGCAGGUUAUGACCCCAACUACAUGCUGGAGCCCUGGAUUCGGCGUAACUAUGACGACGGGCGGAAGUCGGCGCUCUUCUUCGCAGUCUUAAAUAACGACGUGCCGUCAGCCAAGCUGCUGCUGGAGGCCGGGGCCAUGGCCAACCAAGACCCAAUCAAAUGUCUGCAGAUCGCUCUGCGCGUGGGAAACUACGAGCUCAUCGAGCUGCUGCUGCGGUCUGGAGCCAACGCCAACUAUUACUGCAAGAUAAACACGACACACUUCCCGUCAGCCCUGCAGUACGCUUUCAAAGACCAGGUGAUUCUCAGGAUGUUGUGUAAAUAUGGUUACGAUGUGGGGCGCUGCUUCGACUGUCCCUAUGGCAACAGCUCCCACGUCCCUGAAGACUUUGAGGGAUGGAGCGACACUGUGAUCAAAGACAACUUGUUCUGCGAGGUGAUCUCCGUCUCCUGGCUGAAGCACCUUUCGGGCCAGUUGGUCCGCAUCAUGUUGGACUACCUGGAUCACGUGACCCUGUGCUCCAAGCUGAAGGCGGCCGUGAUGGAGCAGCAGCAGUGGCCCGACAUCUGCAGGCUCCAAGACCUGAUCCGAACUCUCUGCUGCAACAACAGAUGUGGAGUCCCCACCCAGCAGGGGGUCACAGAGACCACGUUCUGGACAGAAGGCUCUAACGUCUUUGUCCCCACCACAGGAGUCCUGAUCGUCUGGUAA